AUGAGUGAGACGCAUUUGAACACGGCAGGUUCAAGCUCAAGCCUCCAUCAACUACCCGAUGAGGUCCUCCUCAGAAUCAUCAAAUUUUUGCGGAACAUGAGACCGUCCUUAGAUCCCACGAGGCCGGAACAAGGUAGACAGCGACCUAAUAUGCUUCUGGUGCUCAUGCGAGUAUCUGCCCGUUUUCAUAAUCUCAUUAUUCCGUAUAUCUACACUCCUUCGGUGAUCAUCACUGAGCCGGCAAAAUUCUUCUACGGCACUGGUCUACCCCCUGCUACGGGCUGUAUGCCCAAAAGAGAUAGAUUGAGAUUGAUCAAAAACGUAACCUUUGCUUUCCCAUUCAAGGUAUCAAGUGAGGAUGUGGAUUGGGAGAAUAUCGUGUUCUAUCCUCAAGCAGAGCUGGUUCUCAAACGAUAUAUCCAUGCGUUGGAACAAGUCGAACGAUCGUUAACUACACUUAAGGAUCUCAAUUUCGAUGGAGUUAGAAAGUUAUGGGAAAUGUGGAGAGAUUGUCAAUUGAACCUUUGCAAGAAUGGCAAUAUGAGAAGCAUCAUAGCCUGA